CUUCCUCUGACGCCACCACUGUCGCUUCCUCCCUCCUCUCGAGAACCUGCCCGCGCGCGCUCCCCACCACCUCCACAUAGUUCGAACCGAAACCGCGGCGGGAGCGCGGCACCGGAGUCCCCAGAUGGCCGACGACAAGGAGACCGACCCGCCGCAGCCGCCGGCCAAGCUGCCCCGCCUCUCCGGCGCCGACACGAGCGGCGGGGAGGUGACCAUGGCGGCCUCGUCGCCGCUGGUUCUCGGGCUGGGGCUGGGCCUCGGCGCGGGCGGGGGCGGCGGCGAGCGCGACGCAGAGGCGGCGUCCGCGGCCUCGAUGGCGGCGGCCAAGAGGGCGUCGGCGCUGACGUUCAUGCAGCAGCAGGAGCUGGAGCACCAGGUGCUCAUCUACCGCUACUUCGCCGCGGGCGCGCCCGUGCCGGUGCACCUCGUGCUCCCCAUCUGGAAGAGCGUCGCCGCCUCCUCCUUCGGCCCGCAGCGCUUCCCCUCCCUGAUGGGGCUGGGGAGCCUGUGCUUCGACUACCGCAGCAGCAUGGAGCCGGAGCCCGGGCGGUGCCGGCGCACGGACGGCAAGAAGUGGCGGUGCUCCCGCGACGUGGUGCCGGGCCACAAGUACUGCGAGCGGCACGUCCACCGCGGCCGCGGCCGUUCAAGAAAGCCUGUGGAAGCCGCCUCCGCAGCCGCCCCGACGCCGACAGCGGCCGCCGCCGCCGUCAGCAGCACCAGCAGCCGCGGCGGCGCCCCCGUCCGCCACCACGGCGGCGCGGGCGCGGCCCCGCACGCGCACGGGCUCGGCUUCUCCCCCACCAGCAUCCUCCUCGCCCCCAGCGCCGCGCGUGCCACGUGAGAGCGCGCGGGUGCGAACCGCCCCCGACGCUCGGUCCCCCCCCCCCCCCCCCCCCCCCCGGUCCCCAACGCGCCAAGCCACCGUCGUCAUCGUCAAGCCCGUGCCUGGGCCUUGGGCCAUCCGGAUGUCGCCGCGUGUGCUGUAAUUUUUUCUUGUCGCAACUUUUCGAACCAGUUUGCUCCGUUCGAUGGCAUGCGUUGCUGCUUUUCUUGUUACGUGUGCUGGUUACUACCCCUUGUGCCGUGCGUGGCCCCCUUGUG